AUGAAAGAAGACAUAGCUUCAAGCCAGCUGCAAGCAGAGCAAGGUGGACUGCUGGAUAAAAUCGACGAACUCCGAACCAUUGGAGUCGGGGGCAUCGUCGAGCUGCCUCAGCUGAUAGUAUGUGGCAGUCAAUCAAGCGGGAAAAGCUCUGUGCUUGAAGCUAUUUCACGUGUGCGAUUCCCAGCAAAGGAUAACGUAUGCACGCGUUUCGCAACAGAAGUUGUUCUCCGCCGAACGCCUACUUCCACCAACAAAGUCUCUAUCAAACCGGGGCCGUCGAGGCAGCAUAAUGAGCAGGAGCUUAGAAGACUUCGUGGCUUUCAACACGCCGAGUUUCAUGAUGGAGACGACCUACCAGCAAUUAUCGAAAAGGCCAAAGAGUGCAUGGGUAUUGAUGACUCGGCUCAUAUGGGAUUCAGUGAUGAUGUCCUCGUCGUCGAGAUUUCUGGGCCAGAUAAACCAGAAUUGACGCUGGUAGAUUUGCCUGGGCUAUAUAGCUCCACCAGUCAAGAUCAGGGGCAGGAGGGCAUUGCCAUUGUUCGCGACCUUACGGAGAAAUACAUGCAGAAUUCUCGGAGCAUCAUUCUGGCAGUCAUUAGUGCCAAAGCGGACUAUCACCUACAGGAAAUAUUGGAUAUCGCAAAGAAAUUCGAUUUUUCACUCGAGAGAACAUUGGGGGUCAUCACGCAUCCGGAUACUUUGGAAGAACGAUCGGGACUAGAGGACAACUACUUGAGGUUCAUACAGAAUGAAAAGGUUCGCCUCAAAUUAGGAUGGCAUGUUCUUCGUAACCGUUCACACGGGACGCGAGGAGCCUCCGACGAAGAUCGCGACCAGCUGGAAGAGGACUUCUUCAAGAAAGGACGAUGGGCCAGUAUUCCUCGUGACCGCGUGGGUAUCGACAGCCUCCGCCACCGGUUAAGCAAAAUCCUGCUCAACCACAUCCGACGCCAUCUGCCAGAAAUGGUUGCUGAGAUUAAAGAAAAAAUUGCUGAGCGCCAACAAUCACUCGUAAAACUUGAGAUUCUCGUUCAACUAUCCAAGAGCAGAGAGGGUAUCUCAUUGAAUUCGUUCUUCGGCAGCCUCGAUAGCGCCGGCGGGGAUUCUGUGGAUUCUUCACGACUUCGAGCUGUGAUUCGUGAAUCGAACGAGCGGUUUUUAGAUGCGAUGGCUAUUGGCGGUUUUGGCCGUAUAGUUAUCAAGAACGAGGAUCAAAAAUUGACAGGAUCGGCUUAUAACAAUGCCAAGUCCAAUGAAUAUCUCCAGGACUGGUCUGCAGAUUACGUAACUCGCAAAAAUUUUGAAAUCGAGGUUGCAGACCACGCGCGGAGAAACCGAGGUAUUGAGCUUCCAGGUAACCCUAAUCAAGUGGAAGUUGGAUACUGGUUUCGGAAUCAGUCGCAGCCAUGGGAAGAAUUGGCCCGAAAACAUCUCAUGGCAGCAUGGGGUGCUGUGGACUACUUCGUAUCACUCGUUUUGGAUCAUCUAACAGAUGAGCAUACAUAUCCCCUCAUAUGUGGCCUUGUACUCGAACCCGAGUUGGAGAGAAUGAAGAACAACGUGUUGAAGAAGCUUGAAGAGCUCAUAUAUCAAAUCAAACGUGGCCAUCCACUGCCUGUGGGAAAUAAUUUCCUUGGACGAGUCCAACAGGCCAGAAUCUCUCGUGAUUCGGCACAACUUCACCAACAACUAAACGCAGCGGGGGUACGGCAGGAUCCUGAAUCAGGGAUUGAUCCAAUUCGUCUUCAAAAAGUCUUCUCCAACAUACAAACUUCGCGAGAUGAGUUUGCUGCGGCUGAUAUCAUUGACCAGAUGGAAGCAUACUAUCAUGAUGCCAUUUUGAUCUUUAUCAACAACGUUGUGACACUUGGAAUUGAGAAUUGUCUUCUCGAUCCAUUGAAUGAAAUAUUCACUGGGCAAACCAUCAAUGACAUGAGUGAUUCCGAGAUCGAAAAACUCGCUGCGGAGCCAGAUUUCGUCCAGAGCGAGCGUGAGAGACUGUCUCGCGAAAUUGACCAGCUGGAAAAUGGACGUCGGAUACUUAAUCGCUUCGGCGGGGCAGGGCGAGCACAUCCUAUCCGCCCUGCCGCCUCUGAUAAGCAAGGAUCAAACUUUGCUUCCUCUUCUGGAGGCCAGAGCGUCUUCCAACCGCCUAGAGUGCCCAACGGAUUAUUCGACCAUCAGAAAGACACUUCGGUGAAAUCGAACGAGAAACCCUCUCCAACAUUUUCCUUUAGACCACAUAACAACACAAAUCCAUCAGGCACCAACAGUACUUUCUCUUUCACUAGCGAAAACCCAGUGCGUACCAGUGGGUCCGUUUCGUUUUUCGGAAAUAAUGCAUAUCCCCCACCAACAAGGACCUCAACCAUGGCUUCGGAGCUUUAA